AGGAUGGCUGAGAUGAAAGGUGGUUGGAUGGAUGAGUGGGCGGACGGGAGGGUAUCAGGAUGGGUGGUUGGGUGGAGGGAAGUAUAGAUGGAUGGGUGAAUGGAUGGGAGGGAGAGAAAGGGAUGGAGAAGGCGUGAAAAAGACUGUGGUUAUUUUCAUUGCUUCCAUUGGCGCGGUUGCCUCGAAGGGAGUCCUUUCGCCAGUCCUUGUUGGUCUUAGUCUCGCCUAUGGUAGUCAGCUUUCAGGCCUUUUCCAGUGGACAGUGCGGCAGUUCACAGAAGUCGAAAACGUGUUUGUCAGUGUUGAAAGGUGCUUGGAGUACACAGAUCUUCCUCAGGAAGGAGGGCUUCUCAUCAUUCAACGACAGCCCGAGCCGAGCUGGCCAAAACAGGGCUCAAUCAGGCUAGAGAAUCUCAAAGUGCGAUAUCAUGCUGAUAUGGAGCCUGUGCUGAAAGGAAUAUCAUUUUUGAUCGAGGGUGGAGAGAAAUGUGGAAUUGUUGGACGAACGGGAGCCGGCAAGUCGACACUGAUGCUUGCCCUUUUCCGGCUGGUUGACGCAACGGAGGGACACAUAUUCUUUGAUGAUGUGAACAUCGCAGAAAUUGGCUUGGAGAAUCUUCGACGAAAGAUUUCAGCCAUUCCACAGGAUCCCGUGCUGUUUGGAAGCACCGUUCGCUUCAAUCUUGAUCCUUUCAGUGAGCAUAGCGAGCAGGAACUAUGGGAUGCGCUUCAGGCAGUGCAACUCAAGGACAAGGUAAUGAAACUGCAAGGCACCUUGAACGCAUCGAUGGCUGAGUUUGGCGAUAAUUUCUCGGUUGGCGAAAGACAAAUGUGCUGUUUGGCCAGGGCCAUCCUGCAGAAGAGCAAGAUUCUCAUCAUGGAUGAAGCAACUGCAAAUGUGGACCUCGAAACAGAUGCACAGAUUCAGACCACACUCAGGGAGAGGUUCGUGAAUAGCACGGUGCUAAUCAUAGCUCAUCGGAUGGACACGAUUAUAGACGUGGACAAGAUUGCCCUACUGGAUCACGGCAAGCUUGAAGAGUUCGGUCCACCAGAGGAGCUGCUGGAUAAGGAAGAGGGAAUGUUCAGAGGCAUGGUGAAGAGAGUCGGAGCAGCCGGUGAAGCGCAGCUACGCCAGACUGCGAAACAGAGCGCAGAAGAGCGAGAGACGAGGAGGAGGAGGAUGGAGGGGAAGUAAUCGUGGGCCGCCUAAACCGUCCAAAGCAAAAAGU